CGCGUGCGUGCGGCAGUGCGGACUGUUUUCCUUCAGGCUCCAUCCUCAGCGCCAUGGUUUCACCCUCCUGAGGCUCACCUAAGGCCGGGUAAACCCUGCGCCGCAGCGCGCUGUUCCGGAGCUCCGGUCUGGUUCUCAAAGCGGGGAGAGGCGGGCGACGAGGCCGAGGACAGAGGCUCAAACAGUGUGGAAAAUACAACAUGGAGACGGUGAUGGAGAGAGAGUGCAGCGCGCUAGGGGGCCUCUUCCAGACCGUCAUCUCCGACAUGAAGGGCAGUUUUCCGAUUUGGGACGAUUUCAUCAACAAAGCUGGAAAACUGCAUUCCCAAAUCAGAGCGACGGUUGUGGCCGUAGCUGCUUUUCUCGAUGCCUUUCAGAAAGUGGCCGACCUCGCCUCCAACAGCAGAGGAGGGACGAGGGACUUAGGCUCGGCUCUGACCAAAAUGUGUCUGAGACAUCGCAGCAUUGAGACCAAACUCAGACACCUGUCCAUGGUGUUUGUGGACUGUCUCAUAAACCCUCUUCAGGAGCAGAUGGAAGACUGGAGGAGAACCACCAGCUCACUGGACAAGGACCACGCCAAAGAGUAUAAGAAGGCUCGUCAGGAGAUAAAGAAGCGUUCUUCAGACACUCUCAAACUGCAGAAAAAAGCAAAGAAAGUUCGUGGGGAGCAGGCCGCCUUGGACAGUGCGAUUCAGUUGGUGUCGGGUCAGUACCAGGUUUUGGAGGAGGCUGAGACCUGUGCAGUGAGGAGAGCCCUGGUGGAGGAGAGGGGGAGGUUCUGCUGCCUCGUGUCCAUGCUCCGACCCAUCAUGGACGAGGAGGUGUCUUUACUCGGGGAGAUGUCUCACCUCCAAAGUCUGAGUGAAGACCUCAGGACUCUGAGCAUGGACCCCCACAAGCUGCCCCCCUCCUCUGAACAGGUGCUCACAGACCUGAAGUCCUCAGACUGCUCCUGGUCCUUUCAGUCUCCGCCCUCGUCUCCAAGCUCCACCUCCAGGAAGUCCAGCAUGUCCAGCUCGGUGAACAGUGUGAGCAGUGGGGACUCGCGCUCCUCUGGCUCUCCUCACUUCCGGUUCAGAUCUGGAUCUGGUCCAGUCCAGAGUGGCUCGGUUCGACUCUCUUCCGUCUCAUCCCAUGACUCUGGAUUCAACUCCCAAGACUACAGCUCCCGAAGCCCCAGCGCCACGGCCCCGCUGUCGGUGAGCGCUCUAAAGAGGAGCCGCACUGCAGAUCCCAUCAGCCACCCGAGCGAUGACAUCGCUGCAGGGGAGGAGCCACGACUUGGGCGACAUCUUACAGUCCAGUCCAAAGACCACAAGGACCCCAGGGAGGAGCUGGUCCAGGCUCUGACCCGAGGAUUAAACCUGGACUCUAAGGGGUCUUACAGGGACUCAGCCUACAGCAGCCAGACCCACACCCCAUCCUGCUCCGAAGACCAGACAGGCUCAGAUGGGGAUAACUUCUCAGUGAAUUCUGAAGCCGAACCUCAGACUCCGGAUCAGGAAAAGUCCGGUUUUCCUCGGAAUCCCGACCAGUCCCUGUCGUAUCGGAGACUGUACCAGACUAAAUGCACCUCCUCUGUGCCAACACCAGGGGUCGCCACCAUCCGCCGCGCUCCCUCCUCCAAACCCAGCCUCCGAAGGCCCUCUUUGAGUCUAAACCUGGGACUAAACCUGGGACUAAACCCAGGUCCCGUCAGACCGCCCAUGAUCCCCGUCAAAACCCCCACCGUCCCGGACGCAAGGGAGCCGCCCAGCCCGCCGCCGCAGCCCUCCACUCGGGCAGAGGCGGAGCGAAGGGCCCCUCUGCUUCCAGAGCUCUUGGAGGAAACAGAGACGGAGGAUUAUCUGGUCCUGAUCCGACGAGGGGUCAAACUUAAGAGGAAUCGAGACGUGAGGGAUCGGUCAGCGCCGGCCAUUCACUGAAACCAGAGGGAAAGGUUCAAAUGGAAAAGUGUUAACCACCAGUUUAAAGUGCA